AUGUCACACGCACACAUAACCCAUUUAAAUCUUCAACCAUUUGAUGGCACUAAAUGGGAAUGUUUUGAACAACAAUUAGAAUGCUAUAUUGCAUUGAAUGACGUGCCACAGGAGAAAAAAGUGCCCCUGUUGUUAACAAAAAUAACACCUCAGGUUUUCGAAACUUUGACGUCUCUGUGUAACACAAAAAAACCUUCAAGUCUCUCUUAUGUUGAGCUUACUACAAUUUUGAAAAACAAAUACGUACCAAAAAAGUCUAUUGUUUUGGAACGUGCGACGUUCCGAAGUCGGAAUCAGCUUCCAAAUGAAAAAAUAGAGGAUUAUGUUACAGAACUACGGAAGUUAGCUAGCAAAUGUCAAUUCAAGGACUCCGAGGAUCAAUUAAAAGAAAAGUUCAUCGACGGUGUGCAUUCCAAACUCAUUAAAUUUGAAUUACUAAAAGCGGAUACAAGUCAGACAUUAGAAGAUUACAUUACUUUGGCUAGAACGGUAGAAGCGGCAUUAAAAGAAACAGGGCAGAAGGCAGAAGUGGAAGCUAAUGUUUACUAUCAGCAAACUAACAGAAACAAAUCAUUUCAAGGUAGACCAACAAGAGGGAAGCCAAGCAUGAAUAAAGCUACGAGGUGUUUCUGCUGCGGUGGUCACAAUCAUCUGCGUUCAGAGUGUACGCUGCGCCAAAAAUAUUGUUCGGAAUGUGGUCAACAAGGACACAUUUUUAAGGUCUGUCCCAAGAAGAAGAGUUUCAAAAUUAACUGUAUAGAGAAAGAGGAAACCGAGGACAUCUCAGAAAACCAAAAAAUGGAUGAGUACCAAAUGUACUAUGUAAAUAAGCCAGAGCUGCAAUAAAGGAAAGGUUCGCAGAAGUAUUUAGUGAAGGAUGGGGAAAUUUUAAAGGUGAAACCAUCAGCCUUAAAUUAAAAAAGGAUGCCAAACCAAAAAGCCUGCCGGUACGCCGAGUUCCAUUUGCACUUCAAGACAAGGUAAAAGCUGAAAUUUCUAGACUUUUACAAAAUGGUAGAAUUGAACCCGUGGAGACCAGUGAGUGGGGUACACCUGUGGUUCCAAUUUUAAAGGGAGAUGGUUCGGUAAGGUUAUGUGGAGACUACAAAUUAACCGUCAACCCACAUUUAGAGGUGGAUCACUUUCCAUUGCCUCAUAUAGAAGAGAUAUUUAAUUCCCUUAAUAAUGGAAAAUACUUCUGCGAGCUGGACCUGAAAGAGGCGUAUCAUCAGGCACCAUUAGACGAAGCCUCAAAAGAUUGUACAGUUAUUGUUACAGAAGUGGGCACAUUCAGGUAUAAUUAUCUUCCUUAUGGUGUGAGCACAGGACCAGGGUCAUUUCAGCGGCUCAUGAGUAAAAAAUUAUCAGAUAUUCCAAAUACUGCUGUAUUUAUAGAUAAUAUUUAUAUUAGUGGUAAAGAUAUCCAGGAUACAGUAGACACUUUAUCUAAGGUUUUAGAGAGGUUACAACAAAGUGAAUUUAAGUUAAAAAUACAAAAAUGUACAUUCUUUGAAAAAAGCAUUGACGUGUUUGGCUUUACGAUCGACAGCAAUGGUAUACGGGUAAAUAAAGAGAAUAUAGAACCAUUACUGCAGGCCACACCACCCACAAAUGUAACAAUGUUAAGGUCAUUUUUAGGCAAAGUUAACUAUUAUUCUCGUUUCUUAAAAGAUAUGGCCAGCAUAUUGACACCAUUAUAUGAAUGUACCAAAGAAAAUAAAUUCAAGUGGACGCACCAAUGUGAUAAUGCUUUUGUUAUGAUAAAAAAUAAGCUGGCUAACAUGGAUAAUCUAACUCAUUACGAUCCUAAUUUACCUUUAAUUUUAAGUUGUGACGCAUCAGAGACAGGCUUGGCUGCAGUAAUUUCAAAUAGAGACAGAAACGGAGUCGUAAAACCAAUUGCUUAUGCAAGUAAAAAACUGAAUGAGACAGAGAUUAAAUAUUCUACUAUAGACAAGGAAGCUAUGGCAGUAGUGUUUGGUGUGACAAAAUUCUAUAAUUAUACAUAUGGUAGGAGUUUUGAGUUAGAAACUGAUAGUGCAGCUUUAGUACGCAUUUUUGGCCCAACUAAAGCCAUUCCUAAAAUGGCGGCAAAAAGGUUGCAACAUUAUGCAAUUUUUUUGUCAGCAUUCAACUACAAAAUUCGACACAUUAAAACUGAUAAAAAUCCAGCAGAUUUUUUAUCACGGACCCCUAUGCUAAUUAAUAAAA